GGCCAUGCAGACCGGCCAUCUCCUCUUUUCGGGCGGAACUUUUGAUCCUGACGUGGCAAUGCGCGCGCUAGACGACUGGGGAGGCCAAUCCCAGGAAGCUGGAGAAGGCUGAACAGACGAUCGAUCAACGGUCGUCGGCCGACCAUGGACUCCUUAAACCACCAUCUUGCAGCAGCUUCCCUCCUCUUCUUUCUCGCUUUUCUACCCCGAACCAGAUCGCCUCAGCGGCGAAUCUAGCCUCCCCAUUAUUCCGCGGUUCCCAACUAAAUCCCUCCACCUAUUUAUCAUCAAUCAAGUCCUCGCCACGAGCAACCAUGCGCGCCUCACUCAUUCAAAACAUAGUUAUUGCAGCUGUCCUGGCCUGCUGUGCCACUGCCGACUUCCAUCUAAUGGUCAGCGACGGACCGAACGUUCCUGUCAGGUACUUCACCUGCCCAUCCAACUACUUCGAGAGGAAGUGCUAUUGCGAUGGUGACCGGCGCAGUGAGACUGGAUUCGUUGGAAAGGCCAGCAACGGCGAAUGGAAGGUCAAACUGGAAAAAGUAUGUGGUGUUGCAGAGAUAGACUUCUGGUACCGUCCUAAGGGUGCUGGUGGUGAUAACCGGAUUCGGUGGGAGGGAUACAUACCCAAUGCGGAUGGGCAUGUCGUAGCCCAAUGUUACCCAAAUGGGGGUAAAGUGGUGUCGAAGCCAGCUUGUUAUGUUGGUUUUCCGCAGAGGUACAACGCGUACGAUAGUUGGGUGUGUUAUUCGGAAAUUUGUGGGCAUGCGUAGAGCUCAUCGCUUAGUGGUUUGGGGAGAUCCUGGAUGUUAGUUCAUUUGGGAUUGAAAGGAAUUGAAAUCUGGAGCACAGCCAUCCAUGCUAUUCUUUUAACAGGAGUUGAUCUUCAGAUGUACCUG